CUAUGGCCCGGCGGGGGUCUUCUUGGAGAAGGUCCUGAUUCCUGAUUGGCUGUGACUGCUGACAGGAAGGGUAGCUGCGGGUUAGCUAUUGGACUCCCCGCAAUGCCGUCAGGCUUCCCUGUCCUUAGUAGUCACCAGCUUGAACGGUUACGGAGUGGCGUGCUGGACAUCUACCUUCCUUACGUUGCCUCACGCCGCUCAGGCUGGUGAUACAUUACAUCCUGAAACGUUCGCCUUCGUGAAGGGAUUUGCCUGAGCAAUUCCCCGAGCAUGACCGACGAUAAACUACGACAUGGCGGUCCAAAUGCGACCCCGAGCGCCGUUGUGCGCAGCUACCCUGAGACUGGUGCGGCUCCGAAAUCCGGCUUACUCGACAUCAAGCGUUCGCCUCUCAACCCCUCGCCGCCCCAAUCACUUUGGUUCUGGGUACACUAGCAGCUAUGAUCCGGCCCAAGAGACAGGCCGCGGUCCCAUCUUCAACAAGCAUACCUUUGGCGUCCCCCAGUUUUAUCCUCGCGACCUGAAGAGACGAGUAGAUGACUACGUCGUGGGCCAGGACCGCGCGAAAAAGACGAUAUGCUCCGUCAUCUUCAACCAUUAUCAGGGCUUGCGGCGGCGGCAACACUACGAAUUUCAAGACCAGCGACUGCGGGAAAAGGUCCAGCGGCAAAAGUAUGCCCAAGAGCAGGAGGCCUUCGAGCGCGCCGGUUACAACAGUAGCCGGGUGCAUCCGGUGGAAGACGAGUUUCCCGGACACUACGAGUCUGCCCGUGACCCCAUCCCGGACAACCUGCUGGACGCCCCGGCAGACGACUUCUACAUCCCAGAAGACUUCUCGGCGCCUGAACGCGUAAAGAUAGACAAGAGCAAUCUGCUCCUGAUUGGGCCAACUGGCGUGGGGAAGACCUACAUACUCGAAACGUUAAGCAAGAAGCUCAACGUACCAUUCACCAUUAGUGACUGCAACUCAUUCACGCAGGCCGGAUACAUCGGACAGGACGUCGAAUCGUGCAUCGAACGACUGCUCAUCGAGGCUAAUUACGACAUCAAGGCUGCUGAGCAUGGAAUCGUCGUAUUAGACGAAUUCGACAAGAUCGCGAAACGCGAGACAGUCAAUGGCCGAGAUGUUGGAGGCGAGGGCGUACAGCAAGCGCUGCUGAAGCUCGUGGAAGGGACCAAGGUCACGAUUAAUAUCAAGGACCAGAGAUCCUCAUCGCGGACUUCAAACAACUCGCCAGGCAGCUACGGGCCGUCAACCCCGACGUCGACGCCACCGUCUGGCAAGGUCGACCAAUAUACCAUCGAUACGACUAACAUUCUCUUUGUAUUUUGCGGGGCUUUCGUUGGGCUGGACAAGAUCGUCCUUCGGAGAGUCGCCAAGCCGUCGAUCGGUUUCGGUUCCGAGGUCCGUGGCCGCGUCUCUUCCAUGUCCGACGCCAAGGACAUUCUGCCACCCGAGAUGUACAGCCACCUUCCACAUCAGCCGGUGUUCAGCAGUGGACGGUCCGUAACCGGAUUCACCCCGCUGGACCUAGCCACACCGGCCGACCUACAAGCCUACGGCUUCAUUCCCGAAUUGAUUGGCCGUUUACACAACACCUGCGCACUGACGCCUUUGUCGCUCGAUGAGCUCUACCGCAUCUUAACAGAGCCUCGCAACAGCCUGGUGGCGCAAUAUACCGCCCUAUUCGAGACAUACCCUAGCAAGCUCUUCUUCACCCGCCGGGCGCUGUACGCCCUCGCCGAGCGGGCGGCCAAGAACGAGACGGGGGCGCGCGGGCUCAAGAUGGAGAUGGAGCGGGUGCUGGCCGAGCCCAUGUUCGAUGCCCCAACGCCGUACGUGCUUAUCACCGAGGGGUGUGUCAAUGGCACUGAGAAGGCCAGCUAUUGGGGCAAGGACGGCAGGCUAGAGCUUGAGAGGCGGAUGCGAGAGGAGGAUAAGAAGUUUAUCGGUGGAGAGGCGGAAGCGACGUUUGAGCAGUUCCGCGAGGCCGGCUGGAGCGGCGCUUGAUUUUUUUCGCGCUACGAGUGGAGUUAGGACGGUACACUGGGUCUAAGCGAUUUUGAUGAGGCGUUUGGGCAGGCAGGAAUUUUUUACGGGUUUGGAAUUUCUCAUUGGGACAUUGCGGAUGGUUCCGGCGCAUCGCUUGAAGUGCAGUGUUAUUUACAGAAUAAGCUGCCUCGGGGUUAGUAGUUACAAGAUACAGUAUGGCAAGGGAUGGUCGCAGAAGUAGAAACGCAGUUGAUCGGAAAUACUACAGACUAUUGACUUCUGGACGGUCAUCACCCUA